GUAUUCUCUCGUCAUUGAUCUCGGCUUACGGAAUCAAGUGUAGCCUAGGAUCGGUCUAUACUUUUUUUUUUUUUUCGGUUCUUACUUCUACUAACUAGCCAAACUAUAAAAAAGGUCGAAAAUCAACUACAUGUACCAUAAGAGGUAGGAGGCUUGUCUUCCGCCUCUAAACUUCGCUACGUUGCCGUAGCUAACAUGUUUCGCAACGGAAUAGCGAACCUCUGCGCUCGCCAAGCUAUCCCAAGACAGAAGAUUGAGGCGUAUAGUGUAGCGAAUGUGACGCGAUUCUUGACCCCUCGACAACUUCCCAGCCAUGCGCGAAGCUUACGCCACAUCCGGUCGAUACAAACGCAUGCCUCCUUCGAGCCUCUACGCCCUCCUUCACCCUCAUCUUUAGGCAAGCCGCAAGCCGCGCGAGACUUCAAGCGGACCCGAAAAUGGGGCCGGCGACUGCUCAUCUUCUCCGCCAUAACCGGCACGAUAUACGUUAUCGAUAACCAGGCCUUCGCCGCGGGCAUCCGACGGUCCCUGCGUACCUUCGCCACGGGCCUCUGGGUCGCACUCGACUACAAGAUCAACUUCCGCGCCGAGCCGCUCACCGGCGGCACCAUCGAGGACCUGCAUAUGCGCAGCGCCGAGACGCUGUUCAACCUGCUGCGCGCCAAUGGCGGGCUCUACCUCAAGAUCGGCCAGGCCAUCGCCAUGCAGAGCGCCGUCAUGCCCCCGGAGUUCCAGAAGAUGUUCUCCAGGAUGUUCGACGACGCCCCGCAGGACGAGUGGAAGGAUGUCGAGAAGGUCAUCCGGAAGGACUUUGGAAAGAGCGUGGAAGAGGUUUUCGGAGUUAGCUUUACUGGCGAAGAGGGGAAGGGCCUGAUGGAGCGGAGGGCGAGAGCCAGCGCGAGCGUUGCUCAGGUGCAUUGGGCCAGGCUUCCGGACGGGAGGGAGGUUGCGAUUAAGCUGCAGAAGCCCGAGAUCGCCAAGCAAGUAGGAUGGGAUCUAUGGGCUUUCAAGGUCGUAAUGCGGAUAUACACAUGGUGGUUCGACCUUCCUCUCUACAGCUUAGUACCCUUUAUCACUGAACGGCUGAUGCUCGAGACAGACUUCAGGGAGGAAGCUAAGAACUCGGAAACGAUGCGAAGCCUUGUCAACUCGGAGCCCAGCCUCAAAGGCAGGGUAUAUAUCCCCCAAGUCUAUUCAGAAUUCACGACAAGGAGGGUCCUGGUCACGGAGUGGAUCGAAGGCGUCCGUCUCUGGGACAAAGAAGCAACGCGUGGCCGCUGGUUGGGAGGUUACGGUACCGGAUCACCCGGUGUCCUAGGCUCUCAGUUGCAGUUCAGCCCCUCGGACAUGGCUGCUGCCCGGCGAGAGCUGCACUUAAAUCCCCUGAAGGAGAAAUUGAAGCCUGAUAGAGAGACCUGGAAAGGACGAAACGGUAAAGGUGGGCUCGGCUUGUCAAGCAAGGACGUUAUGAAGACGAUGGUGGAUCUGUUCUCGGCUCAAAUAUUUAAAUGGGGCGUUGUACACUGCGAUCCUCAUCCCGGUAAUAUUUUCAUAAGGCGGUUACCGUCAGGGAAACCCGAGUUGGUUCUAAUUGACCAUGGUCUUUACGUAUAUAUGACUCCUAAAUUCCGGCACCAAUAUGCAUUACUCUGGAAAUCGCUUUUGACCUUCGACAACAAGACCAUAGCCGAGGUCACAGAGCAGUGGGGUAUUAAGGCACCCGAUCUAUUUGCGAGUGCCACGCUUUUACGCCCUUAUGAAGGGGGCGACCAGACGACUAGGAGUAAGUUUACGAAGCAACUCGAGGGGAAGACGCCAUCGGAACGGCACUACGAGGCCCAGCGAAUGAUGAAACAAGGAAUCCGUGAUUUAUUAUCAGAUGAAGAGAAGUGGCCCAAAGAACUUGUUUUCAUCGGUCGGAAUAUGCGUAUUGUGCAGGGUAAUAACCAAUUCAUGGGAUCUCCCGUCAACCGCGUUAAGAUAAUGGGCAACUGGGCAAGUCGGAGCUUAUUCCAAGAUCCGAAUCUACCUUUUAGAGAGCGCAUGUUCAACGCGGGCAAUCAUCUAAUAUUUAAGGCUGUCUUGUUUAUGACAGAUAUAGCGUUCUACACCUUUAAGGUCCGGCAAUGGUUGGGAUUGGGAGGUGGGAUGGAGGAUGAAGUUGAGGCUAGGAUGAGGGAGAUGGCCAAAGAUUACGGUGUUGAGCUGCAGCAUGAGGUCUUUGAGGGUUGAGGUCUAGAUGUAGAUCUACAGAUGAGGCACGCCUCGGAACAAAAAAAAAAGAACAAAAAAGACUCUGUAGAAUAAGAGGUAAAAACAUAGAUGGGGGUUAGAUGGCUGGCAUAUACAUACCUCAUAUAGAGUAUCAGGCCGACUUGUAUUAUAGGAGGAGAUUAUAGGAGAGCUGGAACCCCCCUUUCUUUAAAAAGACUACCCACUUACACCUCUCAACUUACUUUUCGGAGCGAUUUGCAGACGUUGUGUAAGAUAAAUAGGUGGGCAGUUGAUAUACCUGAUGCUGCCUACCCGGGUGGCAUAAAGGGGGCCAGAUAUUGACGAGAUGAUAUUGGAUAUGUACGUCUGAAUUAUGUCGAGGUCUACUGGUUGAAGGGGACCGUAUCUACCUAUAUCAGAUACCUAACAUACAUACUACCCCUAUACGUGACUAUUAUAUUGUGUACCUUAGGUAUGUUGGAUCAGGUGUUAGUUAAGGCGGUUACUAGCUUACCUUGAUUUGCCCAA